GAAUCACAAUCAUGCAGGUUCCGUUAUUCACCAUAACUGAACGACCUGCAGGUUAUUUAUAAAAGUCACGUGACUGCAGCUGUCACACUAAAAUUAACCUUCAGCUGAUUGGCUGCACACACACACACACACACACACACACACACACACACACACAGCAGCCGUCAGACGAAGCAACAACUCAAACCGAAGUGAAGCAGCGACCAGGUGUGACCUGUGAACAUGGAAACACGUCUCUGCGUGUAGCAUGUGCAUUUCAACAUACUGGACUCAUGUCGGUCUCUCAGAUCACCCCCACCCUCUUCCUGAGCGGCGCCGACGCCCCCCACAACGCCGCCCUGGUGUCUCAGAAGGGCAUCACCCUGAUCGUCAAUGCCACGCUCAGCCACACCAGCCCCGCCUACCCGGGCGUGGAGUAUGUGCGGGUUCCGGUCUCCGACCUGCCCAGCGCCCGCCUGGGAGACCACUUCGACCGAGUGGCUGAGCGUAUCCAUGGAAACCGUGCAGGGGGCACACUGGUGCACUGCGCCGCCGGUAUGAGUCGCUCGCCGGCGCUGGUGAUGGCGUACCUGAUGCGCUACAGAGGUGUGACGCUCCGCCAGGCACACCGCUGGGUCCAGGACAGCCGGCCCUACGUCAGGCUGAACGCCGGCUUCUGGGAGCAGCUGCUGCAGUACGAGAGGCGGCUGUACGGGAAGAACACCGUCAGGGUGGCAGCAGAGGAGACGCCGCUGACCCCGAGGUUGGUGAGGUCUGUGCAGCAGCCACCGCCGCCGCCUCGGGCGAACUGGAUGGCGCUGGUACCCAGGUCACCUCUGAUGACCCGGACAUCAGUGACAUCACAAUCACAGGUGAUGACGCCGGCAAGCAGACGAAGACGAGGAACCAAAUCCAGCAGCAUCAGAGCGUGAGCGGCCGCCGUACACGUUACCCAUGAUGCAGCUCGACCAAAGACAAACACCAGCCUGACCUGCAGUGAUGUCACUUCUCACCUUGCUGUAGUGAUGUCACAGUGACAUCACACGGGGUGUGUUCAACAGUGAAGUAGUUUUCUAUGAUUCUCUGAACUUUGACAACUGCGGACCAAUCACAAACCGUCCUGACAGAGCUGAGCUUUGAUUGGACAGAGAGUCCAAAAUGGAGGAAGCUGUCAAAGGUUUACAGUUUAAAACUGUUUUAUUUUGAAAGUCUCCACGUUCUGGGUCCACUGUUUCCUGCUUGUGUCCUGAAAACAGAACCAGGAAUUUUGAAAAGUGUUUGAAUUCUGUGACGAUCAAACGAGCUGAUGGAGGUUUAAUAAAGCUUCGUCAGGACUCUG